AUGGGACCUCCGAGGCCAAUUAUCAGUACAAGCUCCGCAACGAGUGCAAGAGUUGGUGAAGGAGAUAGACCCGAUUGUAUGCAAACUGAAGAGCCAUGUAGUUCCACUAGAGUGGAUGAAGAAACUGCCUUGGAUAGACCGGAUGAACAGGAAACCGAUGAUGGCACUACCGGUACACCACAGGUAGGUCCAUCAUCAGAUGGUGAUGAUAUCAUCGAUGAGCCGAAGUCGGGGAUGGAGUUUAAUUCUUUUGAAGAUUUGUUGACCUAUUAUAAGAAUUAUGCUAAAAAAAAUGGGUUUGGGGUGAUGACCCAAAGGAGUGAGAGGUCAGAAGAUCAAUGUGUCAGAUAUGUUACCCUUGGGUGUUCACGGGGAGGAAAGGCCCGAAAUAAGUGUUUGAAUGUAGCCAACCCUUGUCCAACAGGAAAAACGGACUGUAAGGCAAUGAUUAAUGCUUUAAGAGUCGAGGGAAAGAUGCGGUUGACUACAGUCUAUAAUACACAUAAUCACAGACUAAGCUCAAAAAAAUCCCGGUUCUUUCGAUGUAAUAGAGAUGUGAGCGAGACCGUUAAAAGGGUCCUAGACACAAACGACAUAGCUGGCAUCCGACUGAAUAAAAGUUAUGGAUCUCUUGUCGUAGGGGUAGGUGGGUUCGAGAAUCUCCCAUUUCUCGAGAAGGAUUGUCGCAAUUACAUCCACAAAGCACGACAUUUGCGACUUGGUGCAGGGGGUGCUGGGGCACUUCGAGAUUAUUUUAUGAGGAUGCAGUUCAAUAAUAACGGGUUUUUUGCGUUGAUGGAUUUAGACAAUGACAGUAGGUUGAAGAAUGUUUUUUGGGCAGAUCUACGUAGCCGGGCAGCCUACCAAUAUUUUGGUGAUGUGGUGACAUUCGACACAACAUACCUGACAAAUAGGUAUAGGAUGCCCUUUGCACCAUUCGUUGGUGUAAAUUACCACGGGCAAUCGAUUCUUUUAGGAGCUGGGUUGAUUUCUAGUGAGGACACAAAGACCUUUACAUGGUUAUUCAAAACUUGGUUGCAGUGUAUGAAUGGUAUAGCUCCAAAAGCCAUUAUUACUGAUCAAGAUAGAGCAAUGAAAAAUGAAAUUGCCAUUGUCUUUCCGGAAACACGACAUAGAUUUUGCCUUUGGCAUAUACUAAAAAAAGUCCCUGAGAAGCUUGGGUCAUAUGCUGCAUACAAAAGUGGGUUGAAAACUGGAUUGAUGAAAUGUGUGUAUGACACACAAUCUAUUGAGGAGUUUGAAAAGUGUUGGGUUGAGUUUAUUAACACUUACGACUUACAUGAGAAUUCGUCGUUGGAAAGUUUAUAUGCAGAGCGUGAUCAUUGGGUACCAGUUUUCUUAAAAGAGAACUUUUGGGCUGGAAUGAGUACAACCCAGCGCAACGAGAGUAUGAAUGCUUUUUUUGACGGUUAUGUUCAUUCAAAGACUAACUUGAAAGAGUUUGUUGACCAGUUUGACAGUGCGUUGAAGAAGAAAAUUGAGAAUGAAAAUCAGGCGGAAUUCCAGUUAUUUAGCGUCACCAUUCCCUGCGUAUCAAGAUCUCUAAUUGAAAACAAAUUUCAAGAGUUAUACACCAACGCAAAAUUUAAGGAAGUUCAGCAACAAGUAAUCGGUGUGCUUGAUCUGGAUCCAUCUCUAUUGACAUCGGAUGGGGUAAUGAAGACUUAUUUGGUAGAGGAUGAAGUUCGUCUUCAGGAGUUCACAAAAUUGGUAACAUAUUCAGUGGAUCUUAAUGUCAAUGAUUCCAACGCAAAGUGUUCAUGUGGGUUGUUUCAAAUGAGGGGCAUACUGUGCAGGCAUAUUUUGGCGGUAUUCAAAUCGAACGACAUUAAAUCAUUGCCAGACCGGUACAUUUUAGACCGAUGGAGGAAGGACAUCAAGAGGAGAUACACAGUGAUCCGAAGCAGCUACGACGCUUCGGAUGGGAGGCCAAAUGGGAAUAGAUAUUCAAUUCUUUUGAAUAUGUGUUAUGCGAUGAUAGAUUAUGCGGUGGAUUGUAAUGAGCAUUUUGAAAAUGCAAAGAAGAUGAUACAUGAGAUGACUAAAUUAUAUCGUCAAAACCAAUGCCCCAUAUCUUGUGCGGAAACAGGUGCAAUUACAACACUAGAUACUACUGCCGUUGAUAGUUCCCCCCAAGUUAGGAGUCCAAUUGUUGUUAGAGGGAAAGGACGACCACCAUCUUUGAGGAGAGCAUCUAGGAUGGAGACAGAAAUGUGGAAGGUCAAAGCGAAACAGAAGAAAGCACAAGUGGGAGGAAAGCGCAAACAGCAAGAUGAAGGAGAUACAGCAGCUAUGGCCACGUGCAGGAAUUUAUUUGGCCCAUUAGAGAGCCCCAAUAUUCAGAUUGUGACAGACAGCUCACCUAUCGAGUUCACAAAUACCCAGUUUCAGCAUACAGUAAUUGGGAGUCAAGAAACACCUAAGAAGGGCCGUCCUGGAUUUCUGGGAGUAUUUGAGUAUCUCAGUGUUGCCUCAACCUCACAGAAGCAGACUAGUUGA